CGACAGAAAUUAUUUUUUUACAUUAGUAUUUUGUUAUAAAUUUAAUUCUACCGACGAGUUCUCUGAAAGGUAGGGGAUGUACACCACACACACCCCGCACGCUACGUCCCUGUAUCGAAAGGAAGGAUAUUCUUACGUUGGAAGUAGUUUGUGUCCCAUGGCACGUCAUUUAGCAGUUGCCUUUGUUUUGAUCAAUUCAAGCGCGUAGGAGAUGAGGCUUACUUAGCUGUCUUGUAUCGGAUGUCAGUUCACGUUUUUGAUUGAGUUUCUUUGAAAUCCUUUAAGAAACAUUGAACUUUUGACAUUUACUAAAAAAUGAGUUCAUUUCUCCUUCGGCGUCUUUCAAAGACUCUUACAGCCAGAUUUGUGCAAGGCUCGAUUGGAUGCAGACCACAUGGGCCUAGGCUCCUCCUGGACCCUUGUUGCAAGCAGCUCGCAACUUGCGAAGUUGUUCAGAGUCAAUACGAAGAGGUGUACAAAAGGUCGAUCGAAAAUCCAGAUGAGUUUUGGGCCGAGGUAGCACAAGACAUAACGUGGUUCACACCAUUUAACAAGGUGAUUGACGACAGUAACUCACCAUUCACAAAAUGGUUUGUUGGAGGUGAGCUAAACACUUGCUACAAUGCUUUAGAUUUUCACGUUGAUCAAGGGAGAGGUGACAAAAUUGCAUUGAUAUGGGACAGCCCUGUCUCUGGAAAUGUCAAGAAGUAUACUUAUAAAGAACUCAGGGAUGAGGCUGCUAAGUUUGCAAGAGUGCUUGCUGAUUGUGGUGUCAAGAAAGGUGACAGGGUCAUUAUAUACAUGCCCAUGGUCCCAGAGGCUACCAUUGCAAUGUACGGUUGUGCAAGAAUUGGUGCUGUGCACUCUGUGGUUUUUGGUGGAUUUGCUCCAAAUGAACUAGCGAGGAGAAUAGAUGAUGCCAUGCCUAAAGUUGUAGUCACUGCGUCAUGUGGUAUUGAACCGCACCGUCUGUUGCCGUACGGCCCAUUGGUUGAGCAAGCAUUGGAGAUGGUUUCUUGUCCCCCUGAAAGGGUUAUCGUUCUGAACCGACCCCAGCAAAGUUUCGAGCUGAAGCCAGGUAGAGAUCUAGACUGGCAUGAUGCAAUGUCUAGUGUUAAGAGUCCGCAUGAUUGCGUUCCGGUGUCAUCCCAGGAUCCUCUCUACGUGUUGUAUACAUCAGGUACUACGGGCAGCCCUAAGGGUAUCCAAAGAAGCAAUGGCGGUCAUGCUGUUGUUUUGAAAUGGUCCAUGAAAAAUAUUUUUGGAAUUGAUCGUGAUGAGACAUGGUGGACAGCUUCAGACAUUGGAUGGGUUGUUGGACACUCUUACAUAAUUUACGGACCAUUGCUCUAUGGCUGUACAUCUGUGAUGUUUGAGGGAAAGCCGAUCAACAGCCCAGAUGGGAGUACAUUUUUCAGAGUGAUUGAUGAUCAUGAUGUUGUCAGUUUAUUUACGGCCCCCACUGCGAUGAGAAUUAUACGAAAUGAGGAUCCAAAAGGACAUUAUGCCAAAGACUACAAGAUGUCAAAGUUCCGGGCAAUGUUUCUCGCUGGGGAGCAUGCAGAUUUGAAAACUUUGCAGUGGACCAAAGACACAUUCAGAGCGCCAGUUUUGGACCACUGGUGGCAAACAGAGACUGGAUGGCCGAUUACGUGCCACUCUCUUGGUCUUGGAAUGCCUGAAAACUAUCCAUUUGGCACGUGUGGAAGGCCCGUGCCUGGCUGGAAUGUUAAAGUUUUGAAUAAAAAAAGAGAGGAAUGCAAAGUUGGAGAGAUGGGAACGAUCGCAGUAAAACUCCCGCUUCCUCCUGGUGCAUUGACAACAUUAUGGAUGGAUGAUGAUCGAUUUGUCAGUGCUUAUCAUUCUACUAUUGACGGGUAUUACGAUUCAUUCGAUGCAGGGGUAGUGGAUGAGAAUGGAUACAUAACGGUUCAUGGUAGGGUUGAUGACAUCAUCCAAGUUGCUGGGCACCGACUGUCCACCAAACAAAUGGAACUGGCCAUAGCGCAGCACCCUGAUGUUAUUGAACAAGCAGUGAUUGGCGUCAGAGAUGAAAUCAAAGGGGAGAUACCAAUUGGGUUAAUCGUUUUAAAAGAAGAUGUUGAUAGACACGAAGAUGAAAUUUUUAGGGAGGUAAUCGAACUUGUACGAAAGGAAGUUGGACAAGUGUCAUCCUUUAAAAGAGCCGUCAUUUUACCAACACUCCCAAAGACUCGUUCACAGAAAUUUGUUCGUUCAACGCUAAGGAAGAUGAUCAACCGAGAAUUAUACACUAUCCCACAAACUGUAGAAAAUGCAGAUGAUUUUAGGAAAGUUGAGUCAAUUUUGUUGAAAGAGUUCCCUGGUGGUAUGUACCGAUGAAAAUACACCAAUUUUACAAUAACAGUUUGUCGAAGAAGCAAUAUUGAAGUAAAAAUUAAAGUACUAUAUUUUUCUGUUUAUUAAAUAUAUUAAUCAUAAUUACAAAUACUCUCGGAACACUUUGAGCAGGCUCGCUAAGCAAACAAAGUCUGUCCAUUUUAAUGUACUGGCGUAUCUUCUAGGGUGAGUUAUGAGCUGGUUGAAAACCACGACACCCGUCUAAAUUUGUAUUUGGGUGCUUUUAUAAUAGUCUAUGUAAUUAUUGGUAUGUAAUAAAGGGGGAAACAUAGAAAUAUUUUGAUAACAGUGUAUUUGUUGGUAAUUACGCAUGUGUAUGUUUUUUAGACCAACUCCGUUAGUUAGAAACGCUUAAAUUUCAUUCAAUUCAAAGCUUUGUGCUGUAUCAAAUGUAACUAAAAGCCCGAGCAGGGCUGUCAACAGUCAGGUCGGAUCCUGGGGUAAAACGUGAAAUUUGUUGCAGACACUUAUUCACUUCUAGUAAUUGUCUAUUUGUUUUAACGCCCCGUUCUUUGAAACAUCCAUUAAGAGGAAGACUCCAAAAAAUAGAAAAUUCAGAAAGUGCCCUGGUCAUUUUUGGGUCAAAGAGUAGGGUUUUCACCCUCCCCUGAUUGGCUCCCAGUCCCAAGAACAAAUAUGCUAGAGCUAGUUUUUUAUCAGAAAUAGCAAACGAAGUCGGUGCCCUUAAAGAGGUAGACAUCCGAGAGAAAUUUCAAGCAAGUGAUUGGUUUGCAUCGCUUUAACGUUUUUACUGUGGAAAUUUAAAUUUGUCCAGUAGGCCUAGAAAUCAUCUAAGUGUUAUUUUUUGGUAGCCAUUUUAGUUUGUAGCCGUUGCUUCUAUACACGGCUGUUCAUUCACGUGUCAUUCACUACAUGGAAAACAUACUUUCUUUACACAGUCAUUAGAAUUGUUCAAAAUACGUGUUUUGCGGUGUGUGUUUAUUUCAGAUACCAGCCACUAGGAGUUUUAUCAGAAGACUUGAGCCGAUAAUCCAUUGGGCCAUCAGUGGUGGAAAUGGGCCAUCUAUGUUUUUAUUUUAGGGACUCAGGCCUACGAUUUUUGGAAAAUAAGUCAAACAGGAUAUCAGAAACUUAAAAAUUUAAAUUUCCUUCAAGAUCGCGACUGUGGGCUCAAGCGUCUGCAGGUCCCCACGAUUUUCGCCACUGGAAACGUUCUGGAAACGUCCGCCUCUAGUUCAAGGUGUUGGUAAUAUCCCGUAUAUUCUGAAUAAUUUUGUAUUUAAUGGAUAAAUUUUAACUGGAAUAUUUUAUUCAAAAAUCUCAUUGGUUUUAGUAUUUUCGUCAUUGCCCUUUUUAGAUUGGCUAUCUGCAUAUUUUCGGAUCUGGUUCCAUGCGUUUACACGCUGCUUCGAUUCUGUACCCCCGAUUCUGUUCCCCCCGAUUCUGUGCCCCCAAUCCAGAACCAUUUGAUUUCACACGGGAUAGGCCCCAGAUGAGGUCUACACGCUACAAGCAUGCGCUUUUCAAUUGUCAGAUCACAAGCUUGGGCUUAACCUUAAAUAUACAUAGACAAACUUCUAUUAAUUCCAUAGGUUUUGCUACAAAGCUUCGCCUUAUCAUGAUGACCUGUAGCACCUGCUAAAGCAAUAAUUUCUAGAAUUUCCGCAACAAUACUCUUAAAUUAUUCAAAAUAUUUUAAAGAUGCUAAAGUGGUAUGCAUAUUGUGUCAAUUUCCCUCUGUUUGAUUUUCUUAUAAACAACUUCUGGUGGACGGUUUCAACUUCUUUGAAGUCCGUUAUCAUUAUCCUAAGUAGGAAUUGUUUCCCCCCAUCCUCCCUGAGUGGGAAUUGUUUUCCCGCAUCCUCCCUAAGUAGCAAUUGUUUCCCCCCAUCCUCCCUGAGUGGCAAUUGUUUUCCCGCAUCCUCCCUAAGUAGCAAUUGUUUCCUCCCAUCCUCCCUAAGUAAGAAUUUUUUCCCCCCAUCCUCCCUAAGUAGGAAGUGUUUCUCCCAUCCUCCUGUAGCUAGCAUGGUCGCACCUCAAGUUUGUACCAACAUGUUUAAGGUUCUGAUGUGAUCUGUGACCAAUAAAGCUAUGAUGUGAUAUGUUAUAGGAAAGCCCCUUUCAACGAAAGGAAGGAUUUCUGCAUGUCUAAAUGUACUUUACACGAGGAUUGCAGUCUUGGAUUCAAAACAGAGGGCUAGUGACCCACGAUGAUUCAGUCAUACCUCAUUAAUUCAACCUUCCAAAAUUUUAGAGAAAAAAUUGUUGACCUUAAUUAUCAUUUUUUGGAAUUCGAUCUUCGACAACACAGACAUA